ACUUGAGGAUCUCACACGGAAAACGAAUGGUUGCCUAAAUAACAAAUACGAGAUCAAUCUUUUAACAAACUAGACCAGGUUGCACAAAUGAUUCCUCCAGAUGCAUACAGAAUAUUCUUUUCACGCAUCCUGCUGGCGUGUCCAUUUCCAAGAUGCUGAAGCCUCGACCACCUGCGUUGCAGCUCUCUGUAGAAUUCUGAUAGACCGUUGUGGCUCUUCUGCUCCUGUGCUUUCCAUCUCCGAGGCUGCAGACCCGAUUGGAUAGUAAUAGCAUUAAUAGCAUUCAAUAGCAUUAGCAGUAAUAGCGACAUUGGAGCCACCGGGGCCCGAUGUGCCCCACGCAUGAAAACCUGAGCAGCAGCCACUAUUGGUGUUUUCCUCUCACUGCACAGCGCUGUGAUGAGGCUUUUUGGUUAUUUCCCUGCUGCUCGCACAGCAGAACUAUCUCAUCCAUCCAAACCGCUGACCUGAGGUCCCUCCCAUCCUUUUAGUUUGACUAAUUUUCACUUACUUUAUACUUAUUGAUAAAUCCUCUUAUUUGUUAGAUAUUAUAUUUGUUAGAUUGUGGGUCUCCUGGUUUUAGAGCCUGGACGCCGUGACCUUUGACCCCCUUAUGAUGAAGAUUAUGAGAAAAUCUGGAUGUGGACCGAAUCCGGUUGUAUGUGGUGUUUAAGUGAAAGACCUUCUUGGGCUGUUGUCCAACACUGUUCCCUAUGUCAUGUGUAUUUUAUGAGAACAGUGAAACAAACAUUGGGCAGAAUAGUAAACAGACUACGCAAAGCCUUUUAGUUGUUAUUUAAACAAUUUCUUUUUAUCAAUUAUGGUUUGUGUUAUUGGAAGAUUUAGCUAAUACAGUGGACAUAAUCUUGGUGAUUAAUUUGCUACAAUGGUAAUACAUCGAAGAUAAAAAGCUUUGAAACUAUCAUAAACCUGACUUAGAUAUGUUUUAAUAGCAAAACUAGUUAAUUAGACAUAACAUAAUGCAAUGAUAUCAAACUCAAUGUCAUUUUUAUUUGUUUAUUCUACUCAUCAUGAAAUUUGAUUGCAUGAAAAUCAUGCAAUUUGUUAUAACGUGCUUGAAAUAGCUACAUCUAUAUGCCCCUCUGGGAACCUGAUCCGUUCUUCUAUGAGGUAUGUUAGAACGCUUUGAGACCCUGUAGUGCCCUUUAGGGGUCCCUGACCCACACUUUUAAGACCAUACACACCCUAGUGAGUAGACCCCAAGGUUUGGACCAACUUGACCAGCUUGAAGGAUAGGAGGGGAGGUGCUAUGAAAAAAAUGUAUGUAAGUGUAAGGGAGCAUUAAUUUUUCUUUAUGAGGAGGGUGUGUGUGGGGGGGGUCUCUUCAGGAGACAGAUGGGCGUGAACACCAAUACGUGCUCAGUAGUACUGUGCAGCAACCAACCAGAUCUCCCUCCCUCGGACUCACACACCGCCCGGCUGCCUCGGGUUGAUCCGACCUGUUGUGUUGUCACUCUGCAGAGACGAGCGCAACGAGCGGCGACCGCGUUCACACCGCGACGUCAGGAUUCAUCCACGAGGAUGCGUUAAAGCGCAUUGCUGCGCUCAGAUCCCACCUCUUUCUCUCCCUCUCUCUCUGCGCCUUCAACCCGAAAGUAAGCAGGAGGAAUCAUGGUCAUCUUCACAAAAGAAAGCUCAAGCUGGGUGCCCGACAAGAGGCUCGAUCGGAGUUUUGGAUCGUCCUCGUGGAUGAACUGAAUGCGGACCGAGUGGGAGUCAGCGCGGCGCACGGUUGCAUUGGAAGAAGUGAAGAAGAAAAAGCGGAGCCGCGUGUGCGUGCGUGCGUGUGUCUGUGUGUGUGUGUGUGUGUGCGUGUGUGUGCGUGUCCGCGCGUGUUUUGAAAAGCGGAGCUCGGAGUGGGGAUGUCGGGCAGAAGUGGAGGAGCGCCUCGGGGUUGCAGCAACGCCAGUCUGCAGCCCCUGAGAGCCACGGUCCCGUACCAGCUCCAGAGGGGCUCAGCUCUCCUGUGCAGGGAGGUCAAGACGGCCGACAGGACCACAGCUCGCCCGCCGAGGCCCACCAUCCGCCGGACCCUGUCCCUGGACGCCAUCGUCGCUCCCUAUCUGCAGGGACAUUGGCCCAAAGAGGCAGAGAUCCCGGCCAUCACCUGCGUCAAUGACAAAGCCACGCAGACUCCAAGUUCCUGGACAGAGGAGACCCGAGGAAGGAGAAGCGCCGGCGGACACAAGCGCUCGGCCUCAUGGGGCAGCGCGGAGCACCUGAGGGAGGUUGCCAAGCUGAGGAACCAGUUGCAGAAGCGCUCCCGCCAUGUCCCUCCGCCGGCAGGGCACGAGCCACCCCACCACCCCCUGUCAGCGGGUCACGCUGCAGGCAUCACUCAGACGCCGCUGAACAGACUCGCUCCGCGGCUGCGACGCAGCGUUGAAGGCCUCAACUUAGAGCUGGAGGAGGCGUUUGUUUCUGAGAAACCCGAGGAUCAGCAUGAGAUUUUGGAUAUCCCAGACGGCCACAGGGCCCCCGUCCCUGUGCAGAGAUGCAGCAGUGGCUCACAGAGCGAGCCCUCCCCCGGCCCCUUGGAUCUGGACCCUUCCCUCUUCUCUCCUUCUCAGUCCCCCUCUCCUCUAGAUCCAUCGCUUCUGUCUCCCUCAAGUUCCCCCUCUCCAUUGAACCCGUCUAAUUUGUCUCCAUCACAGUCCCCCUGUCCCAUGGGAGAGCCAGAGCCGGCGGACUGUGAGACGGCGUGUCCCGCCCCGUCCACGCCUCUCCCUUCGUUUGCAUUGGAUCCUCCUCUGCUGCAGCCUUGCUCCUCCGCUCCUCGUCCCAGCAAAACCUACUCCUUCCAGCGCGAGCCGCCAGAAGGCUGCGAGCGAGUACGAGUGUGUGAGGAGGGAACGUCUGCCUGUCAGGACGAGCCUCUCCUCCAGCCGUCCUGCCCUGACCCCAAUAAAGUUAACUUUACCCCCCACGGAGGCUCCGCUUUCUGCCCUGUCAGUCUCUUGAAGCCUCUUCUGCCCUCCAUGGACCUCCUCUUCCGCGGCCUGUCGGUCUCUCCGGUCACCGGCUGCCCCGGUCAGGCCUCUCCCACGAGGCACCUGGGCACGCAGUAGGUGGAUGUCUGAGCCGAGCCUCCUCUCAGGACUGACCCACGCGGUACUGCCAGAACCCACACAAACUGGAUGUGCUUUAUCUGCCAUCAGAUGCCUGUGGUCACAUGGCUAAUCACUGCUGCAUGGACCAUGAUCACUGUGAUCAAAAUAUGAGACUCUGGGACUGAUGCUUUAGAUGAACUUUAGCCUUGAAUCUGGCUGCUUUACUGAUUAUUUCCACUGUAUGAAAACGUUUUAGCUGAUACUGUUGGAAAAUAGUGAAACGGUUUUACAACUGAAUGAGUGCUGAUGUUGUUAAAAGUUUUUAUUUUCUCUUUUAGUUAUGUGUCAGCGGUCCAAACAGAGACUGCAGUCUGCUGGGGAUGUUUUCUUCUUAAUGUCCAAAUAGGUGUAUUCAGAGUCAACCAUCCAAGCACUUACAAAACAAAUAUUGCUUUUUUACUACCAUUUAAGUCAAACAAAGAAUUGUUUAGUUUGAUUUUCAGCUUAAUGUGAGUACUUGAUGGGUUUGUUCCUUUAACCUUAGAAAUUGUGUUGUGAAAAAGGUUUAGCCUUUUUGGCCUAGAGUUUAAUUAUGGCCUGCUUUUCUACAUAUGUAAUUCAAGCAAGAUAUAUAAAUAUAUAUUUGUAUCUUUAUAAGGAGGCUGGUAGUACUGUUUUUGUAUUCACUCAACAACAACAAACCUAACGUUGUAUUGUUCAUAGACAGGAACGCAGGUGUUAGUAGCUCUACUCACAGGCAGAGGGCAUUAUUCAAACCAAACCAAAGCAAUUUUGUCAAGUUUUUUAGAAUUUGAGUGGUCCUGGGUGUCUUUUGUCCAAUCGGAACUCUUUAUGUCAAUAUUUCUUUUGAAUAUGAAAGAGGUUGAGUCCCUUCAUUUGAACUAAAUGGAUGAAAUCUGUCUUGAUCAGCAUUAACGCUAAAUAAAAAAAUAUACCUGCAGUUAGGUAAGAUUUA